CAACACACGCGGCACUCACUUCACCAUUUCAUAAACUUCAUUUUCUCUCAUAUUGGAUCAUUCUCUUUUUCCACCGCCAUUCCAGUACCUUCAUGCACACACAUAUAUAUAGCUACACUUACAUUUCAAUAGCAUUCUCAGAAAUAAAACUAUGGUGAAAAUCACUGAAGAAACCAACCCAUCUGAACAAGAAGAAGAAGAAAUAGAUUAUGAUGAGCUGAAGAAACGCAUGUGGAAGGACAAAAUCCUACUACAGAAGCUAAAGGAAAAAGGCAAGAAACAAGAACAAAACCAGCAAGCAAAAGAUGAAGCGUCGGGAAGGAAGAAGAUGUUAAGAGCACAAGAUUCAAUCCUCAAAUAUAUGAUGAAGAUUAUGACAAUAUGCAAAGCUCAAGGUUUUGUCUAUGGUAUUGUACCAGAAAAUGGAAAACCAGUGACAGGUUCUUCAGAAAGCUUGCGUGAGUGGUGGAAAGAACAAGUCAAGUUCAGCCAAAACGCACCAGAAGCAGUUUCGAAAUACUUAUUAUUACCAGCACUUUUUGAAAAGCAACAAGAUUCAAUUUCAUCAUACAUGCAUUUACUUUAUGAACUACAAGAUACUACUUUAGGUUCACUACUUUCAGCUCUCAUGCAACACUGUGUGCCACCACAAAGAAGGUUCCCUCUUGAAAGAGGUUUGGCUCCUCCUUGGUGGCCAAAUGGGAAAGAACAGUGGUGGGGUCAACAAGGUGUUUUGGCACAAAGACAUGGCCCACCACCUUAUAAAAAGCCGCAUGAUUUGAAAAAGGGUUGGAAAGUUUCUGUCUUGGCUGCAAUCAUCAAACACUUGUCUCCUGAUGUUGAUAAAGUUAGAAGGCUUGUGACUCAAUCCAAGACUUUGCAAGAUAAGAUGACAGCUAAAGAUAGUGCAACUUGGUGCAAAGUUAUGAACCAAGAACAAGCUUUGCUUUCACAGCUCACUAAAAAAUGCCUCAAGAUAUCAGAAGGAGGUGAAAGCUCUAGUAGUGUUGUUACACAUGUUUUGAAUGAGAAGAGGAAGAGUGAGUUUGAUUUCGAUGUUGAUUUUGAGAAGAUGUAUUCAUGUCAAUAUGCUGAGUGUCCACAGAGUGAAUUGUGUAUGGGAUUUUCAGACAAAAGUUCAAGGGUGAACCAUGAAUCACUAUGUUCUUACAGAACAGAACAAGGACAUGUUCCCUUCCAUGAUUAUCUGUCAGAUGAUUGGUUGAAUAUGGAUAUAGCAGGAUCUAGUAAUCAGAAUCAGGAUCAUAGUAACCUCGUUGGAAAUGUUAAUGAAAUGAGAGAGAUCGUGGAUAGGACAGUAGAAGAUUGUGGUGAAUUUUGGAUAAAUGGCAUACAAGAUCUUGAAUUGCACAUGGGAAUGGACAUGAGUAGAGAUAAUGUGGACUUGAAUCAAAAUCCAAAACAAGGUACCACAUUAAGUCAUGAAGAAACCUCAAUUUGGGACUUGACGUACCAGUAGGUUCUUUUCCUCUCUUAAGAACUCGGAUCAUCUGCAGUGCAAUCUUUCUGUCCUGUGAAUAAAAUUCACUCGACAGAAAGACAACACCGCAGAUGGUCCAAGUUGCAUGCCAAUAUAUUUUCUUUCAGCAUAGAAAAUAGAGAUUUAAAUAAGUAGGGAUAGUCUGUCUUCUGAUAUGUAACUCACUUGAGCUUUAGUUUAUUCAAAUUAAUAUUAAUACCAUAAGUUUCUCCUCUUGA